GACCAGGGCAACACCUCAUCUACUCACCAACGACGUCUGACCCUGCAUAUACAGUUCACUCCAUAACCAAACUCACACUUGACAACCGCAUACUCAACUGUCUGGAUCUUCAUACGUGUUCGCUCUCCCCGCGAGGCGUAAGUGGCCAAUUGUGGUGCCAUCGCGCUUAUCUGGGGACGUGGACCAUCACCCUAUCAGCCGAGCUGUUCUCGUCCCAGGCUUCCGACGUACGCACAUGCCCGCGUGAGCUCGUCACCGACUACUCCUCUCCGGCGUCGACGCUCCUCCUCCUUCCUCGAUAGCCGCCGCAUCCUCGAAUCCAGAAAGCAGUUUGUGUACUGCCUCAGUCUUGCAUCCGACACGCCUGCACUUGGGGUGAUCUUGAUGUGCUGGCGGGGUACUCUAGCAAGAGGCACCCGGAUCUACAGUGGAGAGUUCGGUCGUAUAUCCCCGACGUAGCCAACGCACGCUGCUGUUCCUUGCGAUCCAACCCUCGACCAACAUCUUAUCUCCGUCCAUGACGAAUACACUCCGCACCACUCACGCACAACGAACCUUUCGACCUCGUUCACAGCGGAGACGCUAAAUGAAACAUAGCAGUCUCUUAAGUAGUUUGCAGAUCUUAACGGAAACAUGAGACCUACUCCAGCGGCCAACGAGGCCGCUUUCCCACCUAGAUCUCGAAAGUCCAGCUUGGUUUCCGACAGACGCCCAAGCUUGAGUUCCGUUCAGCCAACCUCUUUCUUCCUCGCCCGUGAAGAGGACAUUUUUGGUCCCCCUCGCAAGCCCUCGUCCAGGCGGAGCAGCGCCUCGAACAAGUCCGACGGCGGGACUUCGCUCGAAGCCAGCGGGCCGAGAUUAGGCUCCGAUGGAAAGACCGGGCCGCCAGAUAGCAUGUACGGUGUGCAGAGCUUGGAGGAGGCAUUAGGGCAGGCUUUUGGGCAGGAUGACAUCGAGGAUGAGGAAGAGAAGGAAACAGUAGGAGCCGCCGGGUUGCUUAGGAGAAAGAGAGGGAAUGAAGCAGCAGACAGGAUGUCCGUGACCGAGGACGGCAAACAGCAUACCUCACCACAGCACCAUCUGCCUGCCGCUACAACUGCCGCUGCCACGCGCUCCUCCCGGGCGAACACCAUAUCCCAGCCGCUCACCCCUCUUCAGCUCGAGAGUCCGAUCCCAGAGUCUGCGAUGCCGAGUACACCGAAAUCCGGCAGCUUUAGGAGCUUGGCGCUAAGCGAAGAGGAUGAUGAGGCUGCGAGUCAGGCCAUUACCAGUGCAGGCGAGGAGGAAGACGGAGAUGACGGCGAGGAUGAGGCAGGCGGAGGCGCGGAAGAAAUGCAGCAUUCACAAGCCAGCGCACCCCAGCUCGUUAUGCCUAGCCUGUCCAUGCCUAGCAGACGGCCGUUUACCGAGCGAGGAAAACAAAUGGGCAGGCUGAAGAUUGCUGUUGCCGGUGCCAGCGGAGUCGGAAAAACGAGCCUCAUCCGAGCAAUUGUCCGCCAGUGCGAAGACAUCGUCCACCUUGACCCCAUAGCCACGCCGACUCCGAACGUACAGACGCCGAGAGCAGGUGAAAAACGAAGCAGGAAACAUCGCUCGUCAGCCACUACGCAAAUAACCGAGAUCCAAGCGUCCACAAAAGCCUACCCGUUAUGGUGGUCUGACAUUGAGGACAGUAGGGUAUUGCUCCGGCGGCGCAAGAGUAUGACCGAGACGGUGCUAGAGAGAAAUGUGUGUUUCAUCGACACGCCGGGAAUUGAGACCAGCAGCAAAAUGCCGGUCGAGAAGCAUGCGCUAGUCGAGUAUCUGGAGACUUUGUUUCAGAAGAAUGUGGCCAUGACAGAGAUGAGCAGUGCGGAUCUGUUGGGUGUGCUAAGCGGCGCAGGGGGCGUACAAGUUGAUGUUGUUCUCUACAUCUGUGAACCGGCUGAAUCGAUAUCACAACGUGACUUUGAGUACAUGGGCAGACUGGCCCAGUUCACUAGCGUCAUUCCGAUCAUAUCGAAGGCAGAUGCUUCGCCUGAAACGGAGCUGUCGAGACGCAAGAAUGCAGUUGCACAGGAGCUGUUGAGAUGCAAUAUCAACGCGGGCGUGCUGAACAAGCCACGACCUGAAAAGACCGUCGACAGUACCGAACAGACCGAUGUGCUUCCCGAAGAAGCGCCGCUUCUUUCAACGGAGGUCAGCAGCUCCGUGCCGUCCGCACCAUUCCUGGUAUCUUGCUUGCCGGGCUCUGACGACGGCGAAAUGGACGCCAGCUUGCUCAUGUCCCCAUCGUACUCGCCGCCCUUGGUUCCUUCAGAGCUGCAGGCACUAGUUGCUAUGUUAUUUGAUCCGGAGACGAUGGCCAAGCUGCGACACAUCUCAGCCAGGAAAUUCUUGCAAUGGAGGGAGAGACUUGGUCUGGAUGGCGAUGCGCGCUCUUCAGCAGACUCGUCGAUUCUCGGUCCUGCGGUUGGCGCAACUGGUCUAGGCAUCAGAGAUCACCUCGCGCUCGCGCGAAACGGGCACCAGAGGCGAACGGGCAGCCCGGGUGGUGCGCUCAUCACGCGAUCCCACACUUCUCCGUUCAACCUGUCCUCUACGUCCAUUGGCUCGGGUCUCCCAGAUUACACGCGAGCGCGCAUCCGAGAUCACAUCCUUAGAGAGGAAAGGCUCGCUCAGAUACAGCUCGCAAAAUGGGCUAGCGAUCUACAGAAGAACGCUCGGCGUGAAAGAGAAGAGUAUGCUCGUCUCGUGGAAGGUGAGAGGGCACGGUGGCUACUUGAACGCGUGGGUGAAGAAAUAGCCAUGGGUAGAAUCAGCAGUGUCAACGAGGGCGACUACAGCGGGGAAACGCGUUCGUUGACGAUGAGGAGAAGGGAGAGGAAGCGACUCCGAGACGGCGGCAUGGAAUUGCCGUCUUGGGCCCGCUCUUCAGAUGUUGGAGGGAUGAUGGACCCAAGCGAUCCGCUUGGACUAUGUCUCAUUGGCGACGGAGUAAGGACGACAGGAAAUGUGGUGCUGAAGGUCCUGGGAGGUGGUGUUCUUGUUGGAGCUGUCUGGCUGGCUAUCUGCCGAGCCUGGGGGAUCGAUCCAGAAAAGUGGUGGCAUCCGAGCUCGUGGUGGUGAACGAAGCGGCAACCGGUGGCCGCGAUACGUUGGGCACUCUCAACUUUGCGACGCGCAACGAGGGCAUUGUAUGAUUCAUGAUGUGGUCUUGGGUAGCUGUUGAUCGUAGACAUUGAACUCUGCUUUGACUUGAAGGCUCUUCUGAGCAAUUUUUGCGUUCUCGAAAAUAAAUUGAAAAAAGCAAAAAUUUUUGAGAGCAUAUAUGAUUCGAAGUGCUGCGAGG